AAAAUUUCUUUUUUUAAUUGACCAUAAAUAAUGGAUAUCGUUGGAGUAUAUCAUUAUUGUUAUCAUAGAAUGUAUUGCCAUAAGUUUUGAAAGACGAAGCUACUGAAGAUAAGGGAGAGAUGGCCAGAUUGGUAUAUUAUACAUUAUUAACAUUCAAAGUAAAGCUUUGUAGGAGCAAUUGCAGUUGCAGAUCUAGUAAAAACAACUUUAGGACCAAAAGGAAUGGUUAGAAUUAUGAAUUAAUUAUAUAGGAUAAAAUAUUGAAGCCAACAGGACCAGGUUAAGAAAUGACUCAUAUUACUGUAACUAAUGAUGGUGCUACAAUUCUUAAAUCAAUGUAUGUUGAGAAUCCUGCAGCAAAGAUUCUUAUAGAAAUUAGCAAGACCUAAGAUGAGGAAGUAGGAGAUGGUACAACAACAGUUGCAGUAUUGGCAGGUGAAUUAUUGCGGGAAGGAGAGAAAUUAAUUUAAAAAAGAAUUCAUCCAUAACAUGUUAUAGCUGGAUGGAGAAUUGCUAGAGAUGUAGCUUUAAAGAGAUUAAGAGAUAUUUGUAAUGAAUUAUAUAUAUAUAUUUGAUUAGCUACUGAAAAUGAUAUCAAUUCAUAAGAAUUUCAUGAUGAUUUAGUAAAGAUUGCUAGAACUACAUUGAGUUCAAAAUUAAUCACAUCAGAUAGAAAUUACUUUGCUGAUUUAUGUGUUAAAGCAGUACUUCGAUUAAAAGGAUCUUCUAAUUUGGAUUAUAUAUAAAUAAUAAAACUUCCAGGAGGAACAAUAAGAGAUUCUUAUUUGGAUGAUGGAUUUAUUUUAAAGAAAUAGAUUACUAUAGGAUGUAAGAGAAGAAUUGAGAAUGCAAAGAUAUUGGUUGCUAAUACUGCUAUGGAUUAUGAUAAAAUUAAAAUUUAUGGUACAAAAGUUAAAGUCAAUUCAAUGGAUAAAGUAGCAGAAAUAGAAGCUGCUGAAAAAGAAAAAAUGAAACAUAAAGUUGAUAAAAUUCUUAAAUAUUAACCAACAGUAUUUGUUAAUAGAUAAUUGAUUUAUAAUUAUCCAGAAUAAUUAUUAGCAGAUUCUGGAAUUACUGUUAUAGAACAUGCAGAUUUUGAAGGAAUGGAAAGAGUAGCUGCAGCAACAGGAGCAGAAAUCUUAUCAACAUUUGAUGCUCCUGAAAGAUCAUAAUAAGUAUUAGGUCAUUGUGAUUUGAUUGAAGAAAUUAUGAUUGGAGAAGAAAAAGUAAUAUAUAUAUAAUAUUAUAUAUUAGAUGAUUAAAUUUACAGGUUGUAAAAAAAAUGAAGCAUGUACUAUUGUAUUAAGAGGAGCUAGUACUCAUAUUUUGGAUGAAGUUGAUAGAUCAAUUCAUGAUGCAUUAUGUGUUUUAAUUACUACAGUUAAAAAUAAAAGAGUUGUUUGGGGUGGUGGAAAUUCAGAAAUGUAAAUGGCAGCUGCUUGUGAAGAAGAAGCCAAAAAAGUAUAAGGAAAAUAAGCAUUUGCAAUUGAAGCAUUUGCUAGAGCUCUAAGAUAGAUUCCAACCAUUAUUUGCGAUAAUGGAGGUACAUAUUCUUAUAGACUUGAUUCAAGGUUAUGACUCAGCUGAAUUAAUAUAAAAUUUCAAAGUUGAAUUAUAAAAAGGCAAUAAUACUUGUGGUUUAAAUAUGACUGAUGGAACAAUUGGAAAUAUGAGUGAAUUAGGUGUUAAAGAAUGUUUAAGAGUAAAAGAACAAGCAUUGAUGGCUGCAAGUGAAGCAGCUGAAUUAAUUAUGAGAGUUGAUAAUAUUGUUAAAUGUGCACCAAGAAAGAGAGAAAGAGCAUGAAGUUAAAUAUAAAUAAUACAAC